AUGGCUCUCCAAAUUGUUUUCUUUUCAAUUUUCUUCUUUGUCUCCUUCACUAUAGCUCAAGGUGUAAGAACUUUGAAUGUUAGAAAUUACGGUGCCAUUGCUGAUGGCCGAACAGACAAUAAAAAGGCUUUUCUUCGAGCAUGGAAUGACGCUUGCUAUCAGAAUGGAGGUUCUAUAGUUUAUAUACCUAAAGGAGUGUACAUGGUGGGAUCAGUUGAAUUUGCAGGUCCUUGUAGAGGACCAAUAAUGUUUUUAAUCAGUGGAGAUUUAAAGGCUCCAAUUGGACCUUAUUCCAAUGUUGAGAAAUGGAUAGGGUUUCAACAUGUAAAUAACUUAAUAGUUAAAGGUGGUGGAACAUUGGAUGGUCAGGGACCUUCUGCUUGGCCUUACAACAAAUGUCAAAAGACCAACAAUUGUGACCCUCUUCCAAUUUCAAUUAAAUUCGACUUUGUGACAAAUUCAAGGAUUGAGUCCAUAAGAUCAGUCAAUAGUAAAAAUGUUCAUCUUGCAAUCUACGGUUGCAACAAUGUAAACGUGUCGAAAGUCGAUUUGUUAGCUCCUGCCGACAGUCCCAACACCGAUGGAAUCAAGAUCAGCCGGUCGGCUGACAUUCGAAUUACCAACUCUAGAAUAAGAACAGGUGAUGAUUGUAUCGCCAUCAUCUCUGGGAGCUCCAACAUUGAUGUGUCCUAUGUUUAUUGUGGUCCUGGACAUGGUAUCAGCAUUGGAAGCCUUGGUAAGUAUAAAAAUGAAGAGAAUGUUAAUGGUGUGACUGUAAGAAAAUGUACCCUCAAUGGAACAGACAAUGGUGUUAGAAUCAAAUCAUGGGAAUCUCCUUAUGCAAUCACUGCCUCAAAGUUUUUAUUUCAAGACAUUUUUAUGGAGAAUGUUAGAAACCCAAUCAUUGUUGACCAGACAUAUUGCCCACACUCUCCAUGCAAUCAAGAGACAGCUUCUCAUGUCCAAAUCCAAGAUGUUACAUAUAGGAACAUAUGGGGAACGUCGAGUUCUCAAGUUGCAGUUUCGUUUGAAUGUAGUAAAAAAUUUCCAUGCAAGAACAUAGUGAUGACUGAUGUUAAUUUGGCUAUUGUUGGAGGUGAAGGUCCUUUAAAAUCUUCGUGUUCAUACGUUAAAGGUCGUUCCUUUGGCCGACAAAAUCCUCCACCUUGUUUCUAG